UCUGAUGUGUUACUUCCUAAUUCACUCAUUGUGUGAGUCUCAUCUCUUCUCUCACUCUCGCUGUAAUGGAGUUGUUCAUCUUCAUAGUGUUUCAGCUCCUGACGGAGGUUCAGUCUUACAAAUCUCCUACUGUAAAAGUAUCUCCAGAUGUCAUAAGAGAGUCCAGCUCAGUGAAGAUCAGCUGUGAGACUCCAGCAGAUGUUAGAGCGAGUCAGUGUUAUUUCACCAUAAACAGAGAAGAGAGGAAUAUAAAAGUCAAUUCAUCAUGUCAGCUUGAGCUCACUGGUGCUGAAGUGCUCAGAUGGGCAGGUGUAAAAUCACCUGAAUCAAUCUACAUUAACUGUUACUACACAAUAAAUGAACGAGGCAUCAAUAAACCAUCAUCUCAUUCUCCUCCUGCCACAGUGACGGUUCUUGAUUCCCUUCAGAAACCCUUCAUCAGUGUUAGUGAUGACCAGCUCAUCAUAUCAUGUGAAAUACCACUUUCAGUCAGAGCUGAUUUCAUCUGUAGUCUCUACACUGAGGAUGAUGUUCUUCAGUAUCACCGUGUCUCUCACUGGAGUCAGUCUGGAAAGAAUCUUUGUAUGUUUUAUUUAAGUCAUAGUGAACUCUUCACACAAUCAGUGAACAGCAGACAGCUGAGCUGUGUUUAUUCACUCAAGACUGAACCUGAGAUCAGAUCACCACACAGUGACACAUACACCUUCAGAGAUCUUCCUCAGGCCAAGUUAAGAGCAUCUGCUUCAGUUAUUCUGGAUACAGACACAGUUGAGCUGAGCUGUGAGAAUACUGAAGAUCUGAAGAUGGAGAAGUGUUACUUCAACAUAAAUGGACGAGAAAGUUACUCAAAAGUGAGCUCAUCAUGUCAGCUCUCACUCACUGGAUCUCAGAUCAGUGUUUGGUCUGGAGUUUCAACAUCAACCAUUAAACAUACAAGUACAACAGCCACAACAACCUCUUUAACUGUGAUGCCCACUACUGAAACCAAAACAACAUACAGUAAAACUUACCUUCAUUCUGAAACAAACCUUCCAACCAGCACAGCAAAGGAAACAAUGUAUGCUCCUACUAAAGGUCCACACUCACCAACAUACAAAGAUCUAUGGUUUAUAGUGCUGGUUCUCACUGGUGUUGCUGUUUUGUCUGGACUCAUGGGACUCAUCUGUCUCUGCUGGUUUGCAUAUGUUUUGGUCAAUAAACAACAGAAAAAGGGAAAUCCGGAGGAAAAUGAGAUUGUGUAUCACCUGUACUCCACAAUCCCUGACAAACCAGUUCUUUCAAACGCAGAAGAUCACAAGCACAGUUUGGUGGACAUGCACUGAUGAAUCUCAUGUCUGUGUUUAUUAUGUA